GUCUGCCGAGCUUUCUAUAACGUAGCUAGACCUGCACCAGGGCGAGACAUUUGCGAAGGCCUUCAACGACCGGAUCGACGGGCCCGACGCUAGCGUAUUACCAGCUCGGCGACUUUGGGAUUUUGUCAAGUGCCAUUCCGGCGUCCGUCAGGAAGAUACUGAACAUGUCGCUGCCGCCACAGCUGAUUCGCAUCAAGCGCAAGGCAGCUGAUGAGUCGCCCGUGUCAUUCCUCCGCGUGCAGGAAAGCAAGCGACACCGUAGCGACCAUUUCGUGUAUCAACGGCAGGAUGUAGAUGCAAAGUUCGCAGAGCGCGCAGCACCUCCACAGAAACCGGUCAUCCAUACAUUUCCACGCCGAACACAUGCCACACCUUCUCAGACUUCAACGGAGGCCAGUCCCGUGGCCGCACCGGCGGAGAGGCCACGGGCCGGCGAUCAGCAUGGCGAGCCUACGACAAAUAUCAGCAGCAAGGCUCCUGAGCCACGACAGUUCCACAUAUCGCGACAAGAUAUGCUGCGAGCGAGUCCCCAAACCACAAGCAAAGCCCGUGGUGGAGUGUCCAAGAAACGUCAAGCUCCGACCGUGUUCGUCGAGCGAAAGAUUAAACAGGUGUCGGCCAAGAAGUUGGACAAACUUCGUAGUCACCCUGAUGUCACAAGGUCGACCUCCGCCGAAUCUCUGCGCGAAGAUGCCACCAUGGAGGGUAUGGACGUGGACACGACGCCGCCAAGAAAGUACAAGAAACCCGGCGUAGCCAAAUUCGUCAACAACAGUAAAGAACCUAGAGGAGCCAAGGCCGAGGCACCAGCGACGAUCACAGACCGCUGGCGGAAUGUCGACCUGGGUCAACUAUCUGCGGAGAUGAACGCGUAUACGCUGGAACAGAUAGGCUUGAACAUCAAGCAAGCGGAUGAGGAGGAGCAGCGCAGGCGGAACUCGGCCAAGAAGCAGCAACCCACCUCACCGUUGAGAUAUAAGCCCAAGGCACCCCCUCAGCGAUAUGCGGACCGCCAUCCUGAGGCCACCCAGGCAAAGCUGGAUAGGGAAAUGGCGGACUUGGACGAAAACAUGAGUGAUGGCAGCGAUGAUGACGACUAUAUCAUCGAGACAUAUGUGCGCGUCCCCGCAAGUCGUAUCGGAGAGCAUGUGCCACCGCAGACCGUGGGCCUCCUUGUGUUCGAUGGGGAGCCGGAUAUUGAAUAUUUCUAUGGCGAUGGUAGCGACAGCGAGGACGAAUGGGCAGAGGAUGAGGAGGAUGAGAACGCCGAGAAUUAUUACACAGCAGACUACCCCGAUGACGAAGUAGCGUCCGACGACGAAUAUGGAUACAAUGCCUACGCAUAUCGCACUGGCAAUGCGUCAGAUCUGGAGGAGUAUGAUGCGAACUCCGACGACGACAUCCAUCGUUCUGAAGGGGAGGACAACGAGGAAGGAAGAUUUGCAAAGUUCAAGGCCGAAUACGAGGCCAGGAAAGGGCUUUGAUCGUGCCCCUGAAGUUGCGGCCGCAUUGCCGCGUCUCUCUGUUUUAUUAACGGCGGGAAACCAUACAGAUACCCAUUUUACUUCAAGUCGUUUAGAAACAGCCGUUGUCCUUCAUCGAGUCUGAUAUUUUGCAGAUGUACAUCAUUCGCUGAAAGCAUAACUCUCAAGCUGGGCAGCCUUCAUAAUGAUAGAUCUCAGCGGGCAACCACACUAGAAAUGGGCGUUCCUUUUGGAACUGGGACAACGAGAGGUUCCCACCACCACCAGCGUUAUGCAGUGUCUUCCUAUGCUACAUAUGCAAUGCAACAACAAUAAGCAGGCCAUGACAAGUCAC